AGAACAAUUCAAAAUAGCCUCAGUUAUACCCAGAUUCAUUCAAGCAUGAUUUUGCUACGUGAAGUGAAAGUAUUUAACAGAUGUUUCAUUUGUUCUUAAAGGAAAGCGUACAGAGUUCUGUACUGAAGGACCGACGAGAUACUGUAGAAACCACACCCCCACAGAGUGGAGAAUGAGAAUAGUGGCUGUUAGUGGAACCUGUCACAUGAUGGGAAUCAUAUGAUGGAUUCGGUGUGGCGGUAGGUCGAAUUUUUACUUGUGUCAUCAAAGUGCGGACAAAAACAGGCAAAGCUGAUACAAACACAGUGAAACAGGAAGAGUGUUAUUCUCUCGUUGAAGUACCCAGUGACCAAACGAGAGCACAGGACGGCAACAUGAGAUACUCGGAGCUAACAUACUCGCUCCUUGUUGUGGUGUCGUCCCUCGGUCUGGUGCUUGGUCAGGUCAGCACUCCAUCAGUUGUCCCUGUGGCUGCACUUGCUUCUACACUGGUAACUAACUCACUUAAUGUGACUGGCUUCAACACCACCACCAGCUCAAUACCUGGAAUUGACAUCCUAUCAACUCGCAUACCAGGGACUGUCACAUCGGGAAUUUCAAAUUGCACAGCUUUGAACACCUCUAAUUGUGCUGUGUGUUCUGCAGGGCAUUUCUCCAAUAAUGGGUCCCUGAACUGUUCCUGCUGUUCUGACGGGUUCUGCCUUGCUCUCGAAGACUGCCUCAGCUGUCCACAGGGUUACUACCAAUCUCGGGCUGGACAGAUGACAUGUUUGCCUUGUUCAAAAGGUGCUUAUACAAAUUCCACAGGGAGCACAGAAUGCCAAUCCUGUGAAUCUGGAUUUUAUGCCAAUGAAACUGGUUCAAAAUUGUGCAGACCCUGCCUUCCAGGUUACUUUUCGGAGAUGAAUGCUACUGGGUGUGAGCCCUGUUCUCAAGGAUUAUUUUGCAACACAACACAGUGUGACAAGUGUACAGCAUGCCCUGGUGGGGAGGAGGCUCUGACUACAGCAGCAACAGAGUGCGCACCAUGUCAACCAGGUAUGUACAAGCAACCAGAAGAUUUACUUUGCAAGAUGUGCAAGACUGGGUACUACCAGAUAAUGGUAGGACAGGAGAGCUGUGACCUGUGUCCUGAGCAGCAUUAUUGCCCUAGUCCCGAUGUUGCUCCAAUCCAGUGUCCAGUUGAUGCAUUUUGUCCAGCUGGAAGUACCGCGCCUCAGUACUGCAUGGAAACGUUCUUCCUGAAGUCGGGAGAUCACUGUGUGCUGACACCAUUGACCAUCUUCCUGCUUGUGGUCCUUUCGCUAAUUAUUUUGCUGAUUAUUGUAACACUACUUCGUCGCAAGAAGGUCAGACAAGUGGACUCUGUGCGUGCCCCGUUACUGAGGAAAGAGCCGUUCCCUGGCCAGGAGCCUCACCCACCUUAUGGAAUUGCCUGGGAUAGAGAACCAGUGUACGCAGGAUGGUAACAGCGGCCUUGUGAUUCUUUUGGUGUGUGGAAUAGGCUCAUAACUAGUACACGAUGUAGAAUUGCCUCUCCUCUUUGAAAAGAGGAAUUGGUGCCCCUCCAGAUAUGCUGCAUCUCUCCUGGGAUUCAGUCUUGUGGAACUGCACUUUCCUCUGAUUCAUCGCAAAUCUUUGCAUUCUGGAUCACGAGCAACUUGCUUUGUUGUUCGUUGCCCAUCAACGCCUGCCUCGUUCUCCUCAAGAGGAAUAAUUGUUUCUGUCAAGGUCUAUUUUACUGGUGAAUAAGUACUUCCAAUGCGAUCUGACAACUGGACUGUUUUGUUGCAUCCUUCUCAUUGUGACAGUGCCAUCCAGAAGAUUAGAUGAAACACAAUGGCAUUAAAUGGAGUUGAACCCCUGGUGCCAGUUCUGUGGAAAACAAACUUUCUGAAAGUUAAUAGCUCAUCCCUUGUGUCAGCAGGUUGUUUCCAAGUCUCACAUUCGUCUUAUUUGCUGAAGAGAUUACAUCCAGAACUGUAUAAAAUUCACUUGUUCUUGAACUUUAAACUUUGGAGAUAAAAAUAGUGAAUGAAUAGUGAAUUGUGUUAACAAUUGUAAUUUGCACUAAUUUUUCACAAAUGCAUGUGUUUUACCUAAUAGAAAUUUCUGUUUGAACAGAAACCAUUUACUGACAAACUAUUACAUGCACCUUAACUAUUUUUCAAGCAGUACCUGUUCAAAAAUAUUGUGGUUUUUAUUUUGGAAGGUGGAAUGAAUGCUACUUAUUUAGCUUCCAACUUUAGUACAGUGCAUUCUGGCAGUUCUUCUGAAAUAGUAACUGAAUCAAAUAUAGAGCUGUGCUGCAUGUUACUAAUGGAUUGUGGUACAAAAGUGAAAAUGUGGAAGAUUGUAACACACUUUGUUUUUGGAGCCAUUGCUGUCCAAAUUGCCUUUUUUCCCCAGGUAAACUGGAUUUUAAAUUUUCUCUUGUGAAAUGUUUUAUGUGAAAUAUUGUUAAUGUGGAAUGAUUAAAUUAAUUUGUAGAUUAAGAUUGUGGCUAAUGUAUUUCUAAAAGCUGUUGUAAUAACUUGUAUAGAUGAGUGAAAUUGACCCAUGUCCAUUUAACAUUUAGAAAGGUCCUGGAAGUUCAAGUGUGGAAGGGCGUAGUCAACAGUAAACAUAACGAUUCUUUUGUCAUUGUUGACGUGAAGUGCCUGGGUUACCUUCAUUUCACCUUUUUAGUCAAUGUCCACUUAUUUUGUGCAAAGUUCGGUUUGCAGACAAAUGGAUUUUUUUUUUUAAUAAAUGGCACUGCAGUCAAAUAUAAUGUGGAGUGAGUUGGACAUUCAGGCUGGUAUUUGAUAUUGUACCGUUCUUGAAUGUGAGAAACUAUAGAUACACUACCAGAAUUGGGUGCCGUAUAACUUUGACUUGUCAGUAAUUUGGCAGGCACCAAAAGGACUUCACUGGCAAAACUAGGUGAGCCAACUUUCUUAUUUUAAAGAGAAUCUUUCCUCUUGCCCCACCCCAAUCUUAUUGCACCUAAACAACUCUUCAAAUCUCAUGUUAUAAAAUUUGUUCUUCCUGAUUUGUCAACACAAAACACUGAAAUCAAUGCGUUAUUUGUAUUGUUGAUCUGAUAAGACAAUGGAAAUUUUAUGGUUUGGAAUCUGUAUGUUUUGAGAGGAGAGAUUUGAGUUUGAUAUAAUGUAAACUAACAGUAUGAGGGUGAAAUUAACCAGUAAACAUUCUGGUGUUUCUGGGUGUUUGCAUGUUUUGGCUAAACUUGCACAAUCAAAUUCUCAAUGCCUCAAGUACAUUCACUGUUAAACACUUUUAAAUGAAGCGAUUGAAAUAAGGAAACAAUGGUUCUCCUAACUCUGAUUUUUAAAUAAGUACAGUCUCUAAAUGCUGACUCUCCACUAAAGUGUACCUUCAAUCCUGUGGUAAAGUGCUCGUUGAUUUGAAAUGCAAUGACUUUUUAAAAAUAAAUGCUGUGCAAAUGAAUACCAAAAUUAAAAGGACUUAAAUAAUA